AUGUCGGUAACCGUUCGCGACCCACAGCCAAACGUCGGUGAUACUAUCGCCCGGAUGCUGAGAGCCGGAUCUGACCGAUGGGAGCCAAGGAAGGAGAGGCCACACACGUCGUUGUCCCCCGCCCCGUGUUCCCAAGAAGCCGUGUUGUCCCUUUCCCUUCAGAUACCGCCCUUCAAUCCUAGAACGAGAUCCGAUCCUAGAGCAUCAUCAUCAACCCUCAACAGUAUAGCAACCAUGGCCAUCGGCAUCCUUUCAACCUCGAGUGCCCUGAGCACCGGUCCUAUCGACGUCCCUAAUGUUGGCCCGUUCCAGCAGAACCGUUUCGAGGAACUCGUGCAGCGCCUCAAAGAGGCUCUCGGCCCGUCGUCGGGUCUGACGUGUGAUGAUGUUGAUGUCGACUUCCUGACUCGUCUCAUGCAAGACUAUGAUGGCUCCGAUAUGGAGUGGUCCCGAUAUGCUUUUGGCGACCACACUAGGGGCUACACCCGUAACCUCGUCGACGAAGGUAACGGCAAGAGCAACCUGCUUGUCCUUGUAUGGUCUCCUGGAAAGGGGAGCCCUAUCCACGACCACGGCAGAGCCCACUGCCUCAUGAAGAUCCUCAAGGGCAACCUGACCGAGACACGCUAUGCCUUUCCUAACGAGGACGAACAAGAGAAACCGAUGGAGGUCAUCUCCGAAAAGACAUAUAAGGAAAACGCUGUCGCCUAUAUGGCCGACGAGCUAGGACUCCACAGAGUGUCCAAUAGGGGCAGCGACUUUGCUGUCUCAUUGCACUUGUACACUCCGCCCAAUGUAGCAAAGAAGGGAUGCCACAUUUUUGACGAGAAGACGGGGCGUAGGAGCCACGUGCCGGGUUGUCACUACUACUCGGCGUACGGGCGGCUGCUCAAGGAGUAG